CUCGUUCUCGUCCCUCAGCCUUGCAGCAAUCCAGCAGUGGCAGUCGGGUCUCCUUUCUAACAAAUCCUAAAGGGCAGCCAUCUUGCUUCCUUCUGCUUCUCUACGAAAGCAGCCUAGCCUCCGCAUCAAUAUUCAUAAGGCAGUUUGACGUCUGUUCUCAUCACUCGGCGGGGCCGGCGUCUCGGGGCGGCCGCGGCGAGGGGGCGGACGUGACUCGCAUGCGAGCCGGGCCUGGGCGCGCGGCGCUCGCGAGGAGGCGGCGGGGCCGCCCGAGCUCUCGCCGCAGCCGCCGCUCUCCUCCUCCUCCUCCGCCUUCUCCGCCCCGCUUCCUCCUCCUCCUCCUCCGCCUCCUCCCCCUUCACCCGGCCGCCGCCUCCUCCGUCCCGGUCUCCGCCGCCGCCCCGGGACCCUCGGCCACGGCUCCCCGGGCAUCGGCUCCCCGCCCCGGGGCUCCCCGCACAAAAGCCGGCGGCCCCUGGGGCCGAACGAGGGGGCGCGCGGUCGAGGCCGGGGCUGGGGAGCCAGCGUGGGGAGCCGUGGGCCCGGAGGAGCGCGGGGCGGGGGCACGCGGGGGAAGGUCCGGCCCCCGGGACCCUCUGAUGGGUUUCCACUCCAGUGAAGGCGCGGGGCGGGCGCGAAGGGGGAGGUGGCGUGCGUCCCUGGCAGGAGGCUGCGAGACCCCAGCUUAACCUUUUAAACUUUUUGCUGGUACCGCACCCCACCGCCUCCUUAGAGUAGGUGGGCGCCGCCCCCGCCCCGACUCCCACCUCCUGGCAGGUAUCCCCGCACACGCCCCCUCGCGCACCCACCCCCUGGUAGGUCCAACCGCCCCGCCUCGUCCCCGCUUUGGCAUCCUCUCCACACAGUCGCUUUCAUCUCGCUCAGCAGAAGCACUCCCCAGUUUCGCGGAGGGCAUGCCCUUAGUGCUUUAGGGGCCUGUAGUUUUAAAGACUCGACAAAUUAGGAAUUUGACCCAGGCCCGCUUCUCCCCGCCCCGGCCCACCUUCUGUUUACUUUGGCCACGUGGGCUGGGAAGAAGGAUUCACGCAGAUCCGAGAGGGCUUUCGCACCAGUGACUCUCCACUUCGCGCUGGAUUCGGUUAAAGACCAGCACUAUUUCCACACAGAAAAAUCCUUGCUUCCUUACCAGAGGAAAAAAAAACUAAUAGAACAAGUCCUACAACAUGCUAUUCUGUGUUAGAAAAUUGACUUGAUUGGGCUGGGUACCUGCUAUCUAACUCAAUUGCUCGGUCUCUAAGCCUCAUAGGGUGGAGGCAGCUUCCUGUCUGCUUUGUCCUUUAAAGAGCUGACAACAGGGCUUUCCUGGUGGCGCAGUGGUUAAGAAUCCGCCUGCCAAUGCUGGGGACACAGGUUCGAGUCCUUGUCCAGGAAGAUCCCACAUGCUGCGGAGCA